UUUUUUUUUUUUCGUUUGUUUUCGUUCCAUCGAUAAUUUUUUGGUGCCUUUUGUUCGUUCGUUCAGUUAUCGGGGGUUUUGAGUUUAUUCGAUUUACAGAGCAAAUCUUUUACUGGACGUCCGUCGCUUCAGCACAAUGUUGGGCAGACAGGUGGCUGUUGUCCUCACUGUCGUUGUGGCCUUCUCAGGAAACUUGAUCGGCAAGACCCAAUCGGCUCCGCCGAAAGAUGCGACUCCCCAAAAUUCUUUGCUCAACGAGGUGGAAACGAUGAUCGACACGGCCAUCAAAUUGAUCCGCGAGCCGGCUACGUUCAAACUCUACACGAGGGAAAAUCCAUUCGGAGAGGAGCAGAUGUUGCUGAACAACACGGAAGUUUUGUACGCCUCGCACUUCAACGAGAGCCGGCCGACGAAGCUCAUCAUUCACGGAUUCAGCGACACGGGCAAAGAAGCCUGGAUCCGAAACCUGAUCGAAGCCUACCUCAAGUAUCAAGACGUGAACGUGAUAGUCGUGGGCUGGGGCAUAUUGGCGGCCGAUCCUUACCCAACGGCAGCCAACAACACGCGCCGCGUGGGCGAGUACCUUGGGCUCUUCCUGGAUUUUUUGAGCCGCGAGUCGAACCUCGAGUACAAGGACGUGCACAUGUGCGGUCACAGUCUUGGCUCGCACGUGGCUGGUUUCACCGGUGCCUUCCUCGACGGUCGUAUCGGCAGAAUAACAGGUCUCGAUCCGGCGAGUCCGCUCUUCGAGACGGCCAACGGAGUCGCCGAUCCCGCGGACAUCCGCCUCGAUCCGACGGACGCGCAGUUUGUCGACGUGAUACACACCAGCGGCACCGCUUUUGGCUUCCUCGCCGCCAUCGGCCACUCGGACUUUUACCCAAACAGCGGCAAGUUCCCGCAGCCGGGAUGCAAUUUCGGGCCCACCGACACCUACUGCAGUCAUACACGGGCUUACCAGCUGAUGACGGAGAGCAUAGGCAGCACGUCAGGAUUCAAGUCAAAGAGCUGCGAGAGUUGGGAGAAGUACAAGGACGGACACUGCGACCACAAUCCGAUCGUUCUCAUGGGAGAGUACGCCUCAACAUCAUUGCGAGGGAAAUUUUUCUUGGCGACCAAGUACCCGCCGCCUUUCGCCAUGGACUGAAGUUCUCGUGAAAUCGACGCUCACAGCUUCACUCUGUACGAUUUGUCGCGCUUUCAACUAGUCAUUUGUCAGAUACUGUAUUUAUACGUCACGUCGCACGUCUAACUCGCUCUCUCCCUUUUUAUUGGUUAAUGAUUUUCAAACGGAAUUCCUUUUUCUUUCCACUGAUUAAAAAAAAAAAAAAUUAUUAUUACAACAGUAAAAAGGAAUUAUCGAUGCAUCGUUUAGGAAAAAAAAAAUAAUAAUAAUAAUAAAUAAAUAAAUCCAACAUCUUAGCUGUACUUGUAAGGAUAACGAAAUUUUGCAUAAUUGUUAAUGUAUAUGUAAUGAAACGAUCAUAUAACUUACAAUGUGAAUGGUCAAGCGAACUAAAGGAAUGAUAAUAUCUAUAGCUGCUUUGUGAAAUCUACACCUAGAGAAAACUACACAAGCUUCUUUAAACAUGUAUUACCAUCUUUAUUUUUUAAAUAAUUUUCUCGUUUAGUUUUGUAUAUGAUUAUUAUAUACAUCAUCAUUAAAUGUAUCUACUCAUUCA